AUGUUCAGAGCGCAAUUGCGCCGACGACCAUUUGCCUAUCCGCAGAUCGCUAUUCGUCUGCGAUCACUGUCCACCGAAACACCACUGGUCCGACUUGAGAACGCCACAGUCUACAAGGAUUCUCUACAACAGAACAAUCAAUCGCCUCUCUUCCAGAAAAUAGAUUUCACUCUUCACACCGCCAACGAACACUGGGCCUUGAUCAGCACCACCGACUCGUCACGCACCGAUUUUCUCAAUGUCUUGAACGGCAGAUAUCUCGCCACUCCGCCGGAAGCCCGCUCAUACCCUUACCUGGAAUUACAAAACACCACUCCUCAUCGCGCCAUCAGCUACAUUGGCUUCGAUGCCGAGAGGUCUGGUCUGGGUGGCACUGCUGUCAAGGGUCAAUACCUAAGUCAACGCUAUGAGGCUCAUCGCGAAGUCGACGACUGGUCUUUGCUGGACUAUCUCGAGGGGAACACUGAGUUAAAUGCGCUCGAGAAGCCUGAAAAUGUCAAAGACACCGAUUUGCUGGCCAACAUCGUUGCGAACCUCAAUCUGGAACCCUUGCUGCACUUGCCUGUCAGCAACCUCAGCAAUGGUCAGACACGAAGAGCUCGUAUCGCAAAGGCUUUGCUGCAGAAGCCUGAGCUCCUCUUGCUUGACGGUCCCUUCAUGGGGCUUGAUCCUAUUUCCAAAGAGCACAUCUCUACCUUCUUGAAACAAAUGGCUGAACGGAGCAACCCGAGAAUCAUGUUGUCUCUGCGCCUAGGAGAAUCCAUUCCCACUUGGAUCACCCAUCUCAUCGUCCUUGAUUCCGAAACAAACUCCCAAGUCUGUCAUUCGGGCACCAAGGGUCGUGUCUGGAAAGCUCUAGGUAGACCACGUGGAAAGAAUGGCUUUCAGCAAAGUCUACGCUCAAGCAUAACUCUAGAGUCUAAUAGACCUUCUCGAGCCAAGCACUCCAAAGACGAAAUCACAAGUAGUGAUGGCUUCACUGAGAAACAUCGCCCACUGACACCUGGAGAAGCAUUAGUUGAGAUGCAGGGCGUAAAAGUCUCGUACGGAGCGAGUGACGCCUCAACGAAAAAGAUCGUCCUCGGCAAUUGGUCUGAGUCAGUUGAUGGCGUGGAGAAGGAGGGCUUGUGGUGGAAUCUCCGUCGUGGUGAACGAUGGGGCGUCUUUGGGCCCAACGGCUCUGGCAAGACCACUUUGCUAUCCUUGAUCACAUCAGACCACCCUCAAACGUACAGCCUUCCGAUUAAGCUCUUUGGCCGCUCUCGUAUUCCUUCUCCUGGAGAACUUGGUAUCAGCAUCUUCGAGCUUCAAUCCCGCAUAGGACAUAGCUCUCCCGAGGUUCACACGUAUUUCCCAAAGCACCUGCCAAUUCGCCGGGUCUUAGAAAGCGCCUGGGCCGACACGCCUCUAUCAAAACCCCGACUGACGUGGCAAAACGACAUUCGCGUCAAUGCUUUCCUACGUUGGUUCGCGCCGGAACUCUCGCCCACCCAAACUAGCGAGCUACAGACGCUUGCAAUCAACAAGGAGAAAAUUCCGCGUAUCAGUCCCACCAUGAAACGCAGACUUGAGCGUCUUCAGACCAUCACCGAAGAUCUCGACUGGGCAGAUACCAUGACUUUCAGAGAUUUGUCUUUCAGCUCACAGCGCGUGUUGCUAUUCCUUCGCGCGUUGGUGGCUGACCCUGACUUGAUCAUCUUGGAUGAGGCUUUGAGCGGGAUGGACAAAGCUGUCAGCGAAAAGUGUAUGUUGUUCCUUGCCCAUGGUGAGAAGAUUGAGCAUCAUUACGACAGGUGGAAUUCUUCUGGCCAUAGAUUCACCGACACUCUACAGAAGGACAAUGAGAUGGUCAACUUUGACGGCAUUCAGGAUAGUCAGGCAUUAUUGACCAUCAGUCACAACACAGAGGAUAUUCCCGGAUGCGUCAGACAGUGGAUCUGUCUUCCGCAGUCUGGUGAUGGCAAACCAGCCAGAGUUGGCGAGUUGCCUGGACCACUUGAACUGCAUCCUGACAGCUGGGCCGAUAUCUGGGACGUCCCGCUUCCUAAGCCAGUGAAGCCGACUGUAAGGCAAUUGACCGCAUCGGCAGAGAUGGAUGCAAAGGCACGAAAGAAGGAAGGAAGGGCGAAAAAGACACUAGAGACGAAGGAAGCGUGA